CAUUUAAAUGUCAAAAUUUAUCUUUUUUCAGAGUUUGGCAAGCAGCGUUUUCUCGGAUUCUUCUUUAAUAACCUCCAGCACUGGUAACGAAGACACUCAAUCAUCUUCAAUAACAGAGAAAGAAGAGACUACCGAAGGGACAAGUAAAGACGAAACGAAGGAAGAAACAAUUACGAAUGACACAACAAGUAUAGAUGAAGAAGAAAGUUAUUCUUCCGACUCAUCUUCCGAUACGCUUUCUCCAGAAAAUGAAGAGAAGGAGGGGGAAAAGGAAGAGAAAAAAGAGGGGAAGGAGGUGAAGGAAGAGAAGAAAGAAGCAAAGGAGGGGAAGGAAGAAAACGAGGAAAAGAAGAAUGAAGAGAAGAAGGUAAAGGAAGAAAGAGAAAUUUUUGAUGAUGAAGAUGAAAAUUAUGAAGAAUAUGAGGAAGAAAAGGAAGAUAAUGAUGAAGAGAAAAAAGUGGAAGAGGAAGAAGAUAAUUUUAGUAAUUAA